AUGAUUAUUAGAUUGAAUGGACUUGUUGUUAAAGUAUCUGAUUGUAAUCAAGAAACACAUGUUUGGUUAGACGAUGGAACAAGUGUAAUUAGGACUCUAUUUUCAAAAAACAUAUUAUUAAGGAAAGAAAGCGAAUCAAUAGAUAUUGGGACUUCAUUAACUGUGUUUGGAAAAGUUGAGUUAUUUGUUGAAAAUGAGAUUGUUUUGCGAUGUGGAGGAUUUAAAAUAGAAGAAGAUUGUACAGCAGAAAUAUAUCAUUGGUUAAAAAUACUACAGAAUAGACCACCAAAGGAAUUACAAACAAAGACUGUAAUGUUUUCUAGUCUUUCUUCUUAUCCAUCUCCAAACAAAAUAGUUACAAAUGAAGAAUUUGUAGAAUCACCCAUUAGAGAUCUUGAUUCUCAAAACACAGGAUAUUUAUGGUCACCUAAUCAUAUUUUUGCUACUUCUACACCUCUUCGUUUGAACCAACAAAUCAUAUCAUCACCUUUAAAUAAUAAAGUCCAUAAUGGUAAUCUAAAGCCAACAAAUAAUAUUAUUCAGCAAGAUGAUCCUUUAAACGAUGAUUUUCAUGCCGUUUUUGAUGAUGAUGAUGAUUUCGAUGAUUUUGGAGAAAUUGAUUUAGUUGCUUUGGAAGCAAAUGCUAUGAAACAAAUAGAAUCUUCUAAUAAGAAGCGAAAAUGCCAUAGAAAUCCUUUAGCACAUAUAGUAACAGAUAUCAAUGUAUUGAAUUGUAACCCAACAGAUCUUUAUAGUUAUUUGCUGGGAAUGUUUACCAAGUUAAAUAUUAACGAAACUUUGAAAAUCUCACAAUCACAGCUUCUUGAUUUUUUGAUUGAUGUUCAACAUACUUAUCAAAAUACACCGUACCAUUCAUUCUAUCAUGCUGUUGAUAUAGUUAUCGUUCUCUACUAUAUGAUAUUCGAUUUAGAAGCUAACAAGUAUUUAACAAACAUGGAUAUUUCGCUCUUACUUAUUGCUGCCAUAUGUCAUGAUGCGGGUCAUGCUGGCUACAAUAAUGAUUAUCAUGUCAAGCUGAAUACAGAGCUCGCAACUCGCUAUCAUCAUACAUCGGUACUUGAAUCUUUGUCUGUUGAUAUUACCCUUGAAUUAUUUCGGAAACAUCAUUUACAAUUUAGUUCAAGACAAAUCGAUUCAAUUCGAAAACUUAUUUUAUCAACAGACAUGACAUUUCAUUAUGAUUUAUUGAUGGAAGUGACUGCCCUUGAAGAUGCUCUAUCUUGCGUACAAGAAGGAGAAGAAGAAAAAAAAGACAAAGAUGAAGAAGAUCUAACUGUCACACCAUCUGAAACACAACAGAACGACCACCAUCAUUUAUCAAGUUUUAGUUAUGAUAACGACAUCACUACUACUGAAUUUAUUAGAAACACGAUGCGUUAUUCUACUACGACACAUUAUCUCUCAUUAAACGAUACACAACGACUCUCGUUCUCCCGAAUCUUAUUACAUGCAGCUGAUAUUAGCAAUACUGUCCGUACCUGGCCUAUCUCAAAACAAUGGUCGGACUUGAUAGUUCAAGAGUUCUUUCGUCAGGGAGAUGCUGAAAAGGCAGCACAAUUAGAGGUAUCUCCUGGUAUGGAUCGUGAUAUAGUGACUCAACCUGGUAUCAGUAUAAAAUUUGGUGAUUUUGUAGUACGUCCCUAUUUUGAAGCCUUUACAGGACUUCUUCCAAAAGCCACCAUCUUUUUGAAUCAUUUAGAAGAGAAUCGAAAGGAAUGGCUUAAAUUAUUAAAGUCCAGCUCGAUUUCUAGUACAACUACUUCCAUUACUGCCUAUUUGCCAUACCCAGUGUCGGUCCCCGCUGGUACUGUUAUGUUAACUGAGCGACCCUAUGAUUGUACUUUAAAGGCAAUACCAAUAAUACGUGCUACUAGUCAAUCUAAUAUCUUAAUAACACCCCAAAACUCUGUGUCAUCUGAGCUAAGAAGAAAGAGUGCAGAUCACAUUAUCUCUAAGAAAACUGCUUUUCUUUAA